AUGCGGGUCGCAAUCGUCCUGCUGUUUGCUGCGACGGCACAGGCAACGGUGUCUCAAUUGAACACGACUGAGAUCACAAAGCUACUCGCGACGACGCCAAAAUGUGCGAUGCCAUGCUUCGUCGAUGCGUUCCAUUCUGGCAAUUGUACCCUCGACGGCUUGACGGACUGCGUGUGCACCAACAUCCCUCUGCAAGCCCGCGCCUCCGCAUGUAUACAGCAAGCUUGCGAGUUCGAUGGUCAAGUUUCCACCGCCCGUAUCUCACAGCAGUUAUGUGAGGGCUAUCCUUACCCUGACCGCAGAAAAUUCUCCAAGGUUUUCUCCAUUGGCCUACCCGUUAUCACGAUCCUCACGGUAGCUCUCCGAUGCCUGGCCCGAUUACAGGUCACGAACCGACUGUGGUGGGACGACUGGACGGCACUGAUCGCUUUGGCAUUUUUGAUAGUCAUGUCCGGCCUUGGCUACACAAAUGCUGCAAUGGGAUUCGGACUUCACUAUUGGGAUAUUGACCCGGGAAAUGGCAAGACUAUUUUGCAGAUUUUCUAUGUAUUGCAGAUGCUUUACAUCUUUGUUCAAGUCUUUGCCAAAGCCUCCAUUGCCUGCUUCUACUCCCGCGUGUUCACCAAUCAGAAGUUCCGCCUGGCAGUCAAAAUCCUCAUGGUGUUUCUGUUCAUCCACGGCUUCAUGUUUCUGCUGUUGAUGGUAUUUCAAUGCCUACCUAUUGAGUCGAUCUGGGAUCGAUCUAUCCAAGGUCGUUGCCUCAAUGUUUCGGCUAUCAGUUACGGAGGCGCUGCUUGCAGUAUCCUGGAGGAUAUUAUCUUGAUUGUCAUCCCUAUUCCAGAACUGAUUAAGCUUCAACUGGGAAAGAAGAAGCGAAUGGCAUUGGUUUGCAUGUUUGCUAUUGGAUCCUUUGCUUGCGUCGCGAGUAUGAUCCGACUUAAAUACUUGGUCUCAUUCGCUAAUUCAUUUGACUCUACUUGGGAUAACGUCGACGUCGUGCUAUGGUCAUCCGUCGAGCUCAACCUAGCAAUCAUCUGCGGUAGUCUCCCGGCACUACGACCUCUUUUCAAGAAGCUGCCAGUAUUUUUCACCACUAUCAAAUCGACAAUACAAACCGGAACGCACCGAAGAAAGUCGCAAGCACGGUCUACGACAGCGAUUCAGAAAUCGCAUCAUUCCCAUGCCUCACAUGAAUCGAGCACCCAGCCAUCGCCUAGCAACUCUCCACAGAAGCCACAUGCAGUCAAGCUGAGAGACUUCGGGGGCAGUUCGACAACGUGUGAUAACGACACACAGUAUACUCUUGAAAUGACCGAUGAGGAGAGCAGGGAUGAUUUGGAGAGACAGGACUGGGCGCGAGCGUAUGGGAAAUAG